GUUAAGUAAUUAGCAUUAAUCCUUUUUACAAUUUGCCUUUUCGGUUACAAAGGAUUUCGGGAUCCAAUCGCAGGUAUCAACAGGAUGUGAAAAUUCUGGAAUUUAUUUCAGUUUAAAAUUGGCAACCAAAGUGAACAGUUCUCAGUUUGCACUGAACAAGUUAAAGAAAAUUUUUCUGAAAUUAUAAGUGAGAAAGUAAAAAAGAGUGAAGAAAUUUCAAAAAAAAAAAAUUUUUAAUUUAUCAGAAAACUUGAGCAAUCAAUUAUGGGUAACAUCAUUUCAAAUCGUGAUGAUAUGGACAAAAGUGAUACUGAAGAAGAAGUUAUUCAAUCAGAUGAAAAUUUAUAUACCGAGUUUGUUUUUCAAGAUAGAAUUGAAAUGUACAAAAAAAUGUUCGUUAAACAAAGAGAACAAUACAUGUUAGACGUAGAAAAAGCAGAAUCCUACAUAGAUGACAAAAUUACAAUUGCCAACAAUUGUGAAUAUGGCAAUGAUGAAGUUAGCGCGACGAAUUUAAUAAAGGAUCACGAUUUACUGAUGAAAGAUUUGGAAGAUUUAAGAAAAUUGAUUGUAAAUUUAAAAACUCAAGUUGAAAAUAUAAAAAUUCUAGAGUCAAAAUUAAAAAUUCUCGAAUUAGAAGCAUCGAUUCAAGAACUUUCAUCUACUUCGAUAAUUGAAGAACUUCUAACAAUUCCCGUCAACGAAAUACAAGCACAUUUGGAUUGUAAAUUUAAACAUUUAAUAAAAUCAGCGAAAUAUCGUCAAAAACAAUUAAAUGCAACCAGCAAGACAUUUAUAUUGUUGAGAGAAGCUGGAGAACUUCAGGAGCAAAUUAAAAAUACAAUCAUCCACUCUGAGAUGGAAUAUAAAAAAAUCUCCGAGGACCUAGCCAAAUCAGAAUUCAUCGAAUACUACAAAAAUUACCAAACUAGUAUUAGAACGUGUAAAAUAAAUUUGAUAAUCCUGGAUCAAAUGGACAGGGAAAUUUCAAAACUCGAUAAUAAAGAACAUCAAGUUCUUGAACUUCGUCAACAAAUUGAAAUUCUAAAAGAAAAGAGUUCAUCGACUUUCAAAAAAAUGGAACCCACUUUUGAGAGACAACGACUCCUUCAUGACAUUGACGACAUUAGCAACUCGUUAGAUAGUAAAUUUCAUGAAAUGUUACUAACACUCACACUGGCAGAGAAAGAUGAAAGUAUUUAUUUAAAUUUCCGAGCAUUUCACGAUAAAAAUCUAAUUAACGAACUUAGUACUUUUAAUGAAAAAAUUUACGAAAUUAAUAAACGACAAAAUUUCUUUUUAAAAACAAAUCCAACGCUCGCUGAAGAUAAUUGUAAAUUCAAAAAAAUUAAUAGCGAUUGGAUGUUCUUAACUGAGAGUAUAAUGAAAGCUAGGGAAAUUAUUUUUCAACGGGAAGAAAAGUUGCGAAUUUUUUAUGAUUGUCGGCAAAUGUUGGGAACACUUCUUUCUCAGAUGUCUGUCAUUUCGGCUACAAUGACAAAUUUAAGGGAUAUUAAUCACAAUCUUAAUUUGAGACGAUAAUUGAAUUAUAACUUUUAAUGCUUAUUUAUAAUUUAAAAAGUUUUUCUUUAAAUUAUUUUUAAAUUCUUUUUCUUUAAAUUAUUUUUAAAUUCUUUUUCUUUAAAUUAUUUUCUUAAAAUUAUUUUUCUUCAAAUUAUAUUUUUAAGUAAUGGAGCUUUUUAGAGUAAACUAUCUCGAAGUGUAAAAUAA